UAAUCACCUGGGUUUAGCGUUUUCCUUCCCUUACUUUCGAAUGAUUCAUAGUACGAGCUAUCACUGAAAUACCCGCAUGGCGUCCGACGAUUCCAAAAUGGCAGACAAAGCACAAAGUCUUCACGCACCUAUGGAAUGGGCACAAAGAAAAGACAAGUUAUAUGUUACAGUUGAUGUAGAGGACUGUUCAGAACCACAAAUAGAACUUACAGAAACAUCACUAACAUUUAAGGCAAGAGGAGGAGCAGAGAAGAAAUGGUACGAGGCCAAAAUAGAAUUCUUCAAGGAGGUGGAUCCUAAGGAGUCAAAAUACACAGUUCUGCCCAGGAAUGUCCCAUUUGUGAUAAAGAAGAAGGAGGAGGGUCACUUCUGGCCCAGAUUAAUAAAAGACAAAGUUAAGGUUCACUGGAUAAGAACAGAUUUUAACAAAUGGAAAGACGAGGAUGACUCAGAUUACGAAGACGAAUCAGGAGACAUGGAUUUAGAAGCAAUGAUGUCAAAAAUGGGUGGCCUAGGUGGAAUGGAUAAUCCAAUGGGAAUGAUGAACAACAUGGGAGGCAUGGGUAUGGGUGGCCAGGAAGAUGGCGGGAAAGAAUCAGAAGAUAGUGAUGAUGAAGAUUUACCAGACUUAGAAUAAUAUAAAGCAAUUUCCUAUACUGGAGUGAAGUGAAGUAGCGCUUUGGUUCAGUGUACCGGAGGAUGAAGGGAUUACAGACACAGACUGUAGCCAUAGACUGUUUAUAGAAUUUUGAUACAUGUGGAAAAAUAAUUUCAACUAAAUACUUAACUGGAUAUAUAUUAUAUGCCAGUUUCCUUUGAUUGUGUUGUACAACCGCAGUCUCAUUUCUCUGUGAAGAGAAUUUGGUAUUUUAUUGUUCAAUCAUGACACCUUCAUUCCAUUCUUGAUUUAUAUUCUGUCAAAUUGUCUGUAUCAUGUGUCAAUUUAAAACAAUAAAUAAUUGUUACUAA